GGAUGCCGCGGGCCUCGUUCGGCUCCCGCCCCGCGGAGGCUCGGCCGGGCAGCGGCGGGCCGGGCUCCCCUCCCCGCCGGAGGAGAGCCCCCUCGACCUCCGGGGACGCCCCCUCGCCGUCCGGAAGAAAGGCACGAGACCGGAAACGGGGUCCCAGCGGCUGUGAGUCCGGGGUCGUGGAGCGGCCCACCGGGGGAGAGCCCCGAGACCUCCCGCCAUGUUCCACUUGAUAAAGAAAGACAAGGACAAAGACAAGGAGGGCGGGCGGAAGGAACGGAAAGACAAGAGGGAGAAGAAGGAGCGCAUGUCAGCGGCGGAGCUGCGCAGCCUGGAGGAGAUGCGUCUGCGGCGAGGCUUCUUCAACCUGAACCGCUCAUCCAAGCGCGACUCUAAGGCCCGCCUGGAGAUCUCCCACCCCAUCCCCAUCAAGGUGGCCAGCGGGUCGGACCUGCCCCUGACCGACCUCGACUCGGACGGUGGCGCCGCCCUGGACUCAGGUCGGCUGAGCGCGGCCAGCUCCAGCGACGACCUCAAGGCCGAGGAGGGCGGCUUCCGGGGCUCGGUGCUCCAGAGGGCGGCCCGCUUUGGCUCGCUGGCUAAGCAGAACUCCCAGAUGAUCGCCAAGCGGUUCUCUUUCUCCCAGCGCAGCCGGGAUGACAGUGCCUCGGAAGCCUCCACACCCUCAGAGCACUCAGCCGCCCCCUCGCCCCAAGCGGAGGCCCGCUCGCUCGCCGCGCAGCUGGCUCGCCGGGCGGGUGGCCCCCGGGCCCGGGGCCCCGAGCCGGCCGGGGGCGGGCGUUUCGCGGCCGACCUGCGGCUGCCUCCCGUGGCGCCCCCUCCCCCGCCCGCCCCCCGGGAGCUGACGCUGCGGCGGCGCCCCACGGGGGACUUCGGCUUCUCCCUGCGGCGGACCACCACGCUGGACCGCACCCCCGAGGGCCAGGCCUUCCGGCGUGUGGUGCACUUCGCCGAGCCGGGCGCUGGCACCAAGGACCUGGCAUUGGGGCUGGUGCCCGGCGACCGACUGGUGGAGAUCAAUGGGCAGAACGUGGAGAGCAGGUCACGGGACGAGAUCGUGGAGAUGAUCCGUCAGUCCGGAGACAGCCUGAGGCUCAAGGUGCAGCCCAUCCCCGAGCUGAGCGAACUGAGCCGCAGCUGGCUGAGAGGCAGUGAGGGCCGGCGAGGGGAGCCCGCCGAUCUGGACCCCGAAGCUCCGGCUCCCACCCAGAGCCAGGUAGGGUUUCCGUGCGGCCGGGACCCUUCCGCUUCUGCCUUCGACCACCCGCCGCCUCCGGCCUGCACCUGGGCCGGCGUCUGUGCCCGGGCCGCGUGCUGGAGUGCGAAGACGGAGGAGCAGAUAGCCACGGAGGAGGCCUGGUACGAGACGGAGAAGGUGUGGCUGGUCCAUAGGGAUGGUUUCACUCUUGCCAGUCAACUGAAGUCAGAGGAGCUGAGCCUGCCGGAGGGGAAGAUCCGGGUGAAACUGGACCACGAUGGGACCAUACUGGAUGUGGACGAGGAUGACGUGGAGAAGGCCAAUGCCCCGUCCUGUGACCGGCUGGAAGACCUGGCCUCCCUGGUGUACCUCAAUGAGUCCAGCGUCCUGCAUACCCUGCGGCAGCGCUACGGCGCCAGCCUGCUGCAUACCUUCGCCGGCCCUGCCCUUCUCAGCCUCAGUCCCCGUGGGGCCCCUGCCAUGUACUCUGAGAAGGUGAUGCACAUGUUCAAGGGGUGCCGACGGGAGGACAUGGCACCCCACAUCUACGCGGUGGCCCAGGCAGCCUACCGUACCAUGCUGAUGACCUGCCAGGAUCAGGCCCUCGUGCUGCUGGGCAGCAGUGGCAGCGGCAAGACCACCGGCUGCCAGCACUUGGUGCAGUAUCUGGCCACCAUCGCAGGAGCCGGUGCCAGCAAGGUGUUCACCGUGGAGAAGUGGCAGGCUCUGUCGACCGUCCUGGAGGCCUUUGGAAACAGCCCCACGGGCAUGAACGGCAAUGCCACCCGCUUCUCCCAGAUCCUCUCGCUGGAUUUCGACCAGGCUGGCCAGGUGGCCUCGGCCUCCAUCCAGACGCUGCUGCUGGAGAGGCUGCGGGUGGCCAGGCGUCCCGCUCCCGAAGCAACCUUCAACGUCUUCUACUACUUGUUGGCAUGCAGUGAUGCCACGCUCAGAACGGAGCUGCACUUCAACCACCUGGCAGAGAACAAUGUUUUUGGGAUCGUGCCUCUCUCUAAGCCCGAGGAGAAACAGAAGGCGGCCCAGCAGUUCAGUAAGCUGCAGGCGGCCAUGAGGGUGCUGGCCAUCACCCCCGAAGAGCAGAAAGCCUUCUGGCUCAUCCUGGCUGCCAUCUUCCACCUGGGGGCAGCCGGCGCUACCAAAGAUGCUGUUGAAGGUGGGCGCAAGCAGUUUGCCCGGCACGAGUGGGCACAGAAGGCUGCCUACUUGCUGGGCUGCAACCUGGAAGAGCUGUCCUCCUCCAUCUUCAAGCAACAAGUCAAGAGCUCGCUGCAACGCUCCACCUCCUUCCGCCAGGGCCCUGACGAGAGCAGCUUUGGGGAUGGCACAGGCUCCAAGCUGAGCGCCCUGGAGUGCGUGGAGGGCAUGGCCUCGGGACUCUACUCGGAACUCUUCACUCUCCUCAUCUCCCUGGUGAACAGAGCUCUCAAGUCAAGCCAGCACUCCCUGAGCUCCAUAAUGAUCGUGGACACGCCCGGCUUCCAGAACCCCAAGUUGAGCGGGCUGGCACGCGCAGCCUCCUUCGAGGAGUUGUGCCACAAUUACGUCCAGGACCGGCUGCAGGCGCUCUUCCAUGAGCGCACCUACCUGCAGGAGCUGGACAGAUACAGGGAGGAGAACAUUGAGCUGACGUUGGACGAUGUGGAACCCGGGAUGGCUGAUUCCGUUGCUGCUGUGGACCAAGCCUCCCCUCAGGCCCUGGUGCGCUCUCUGGCUCGGACGGAGGAGGCCCGAGGUCUGCUGUGGCUGCUGGAGGAGGAGGCUUUGGUGCCGGGGAGCAAUGAAGAGGCCUUGCUGGAGCGACUUUUUGCCUACUAUGGGCCCCGUGAUGGAGACAAAAAGGGUCAGAGCCCGUUACUGCGUGGGAGCCAGCCACACCACUUCUUCCUGGGCCACAGCCAUGGCACCAAUUGGGUGGAGUACGACGCCACAGGCUGGCUGAGCUAUGCCAAGCAGAACCCCGCAGCUCAGAAUGCCCCGCUGCUCCUUCAAGACUCCCAGAAAAAGGUCAUCAGCAACCUGUUUGUGGGUCGAGCGGGCAGCGCCAUGGUGCUGUCUGGUUCCGUGGCGGGGUUGGAGGGUGGCUCCCAGCUGGCGUUGCGCCGGGUCACCAGCAUGCGCAAGACCUUCACCACCGGCGUGGCGGCUGUCAAGAAGAAGUCCCUCUGCAUCCAGAUCAAGUUGCAGGUGGAUGCCCUCGUGGACACCAUCAAGAAGUCGAAGCUACAUUUUGUGCACUGCUUCCUGCCCGUGGCAGAGGGCUGGGCCGGGGAGCCCCGGGCCUCCGCCUCCCGCCGGGUCAGCAGCAGCAGCGAGUUGGACCUGCCCCCCGGAGAGCAGUGUGAGGCCAGUCUGCUCCAGCUGGACGUGCCCCUGCUCCGUGCCCAGAUCCGCGGCUCUCGCCUGCUCGACGCUCUCCGAGUGUACCGCCAAGGUUACCCGGACCAUAUGGUGUUCUCGGAGUUCCGCCGCCGCUUCGAAGCUCUGGCUCCCCACCUCACCAAGAAGCACGGGCGCAACUACAUCGUACUUGAUGAAAAGCGGGCCGUGGAAGAGCUGCUGGAGUCUCUGGACCUGGAGAAGAGCAGCUGCCAGAUGGGCCUCAGUCGGGUGUUUUUCCGAGCUGGCACCUUGGCCCGGCUGGAGGAGCAACGGGACGAGCAGACCAGCAAGAACCUGACGCUGUUCCAGGCGGCCUGCAGGGGUUUCUUAGCCCGCCAGCACUUCAAGAAGAGAAAGAUCCAGGCCCUGGCCAUCCGCUGCGUGCAGAAGAACAUCAAGAAGAAUAAGGGGGUGAAGGAUUGGCCUUGGUGGAAGCUGUUCACCACCGUGCGGCCCCUCAUCGCGGUGCAGCUCUCCGAAGAGCAGCUCCGGGGCAAGGACGAGGAAAUCCAGCAGCUAAGAAGCAAGCUCGAGAAAGUGGAGAAGGAACGCAAUGAGCUGCGCCUCAGCAGCGACCGGCUGGAGAGCAAGAUCUCCGAGCUGACAUCGGAGCUGACGGACGAGCGCAACACUGGGGAAUCCGCCUCCCAGCUUCUGGACGCUGAGACAGCCGAGAGGCUUCGAGUUGAAAAAGAGAUGAAGGAUCUGCAGAUCCAGUAUGAUGCCCUCAAGAAGCAGAUGGAGGCUAUGGAGGUGGAGGUAAUGGAGGCCCGGCUCAUCCGGGCCACUGAGCUCAACGGAGAGAUGGACGAUGACGAUUCCGGCGGAGAGUGGCGCCUCAAGUAUGAGAGGGCAGUGCGAGAAGUGGACUUCACCAAGAAACGUCUGCAACAGGAGUUUGAGGACAAGCUGGAAGAGGAGCAGCAAAGCAAGAGGCAAUUGGAGAGGAAGCUGGGUGACCUGCAGGCCGACGGUGACGAGACCCAGAGGGCGUUGCAGCAAGUGAAGAAGAAGUGCCAGAGACUGACCGCGGAGCUGCAGGACACCAAGCUUCACCUGGAGGGCCAGCAGGGCCGCAACCACGAGCUGGAGAAGAAGCAGAGGAGGUUCGACAGCGAGCUCUCCCAGGCACAGGAGGAGGCCCAGCGUGAGAAGCUCCAGCGAGAGAAGCUGCUGCGUGAGAAGGACGUGCUCAUCGCCGAGGCCUUCAGCCUCAGGCAGCAGUUGGAGGAGAAGGACCUGGAUGUUGCCGGCUUCACCCAGAAGGUAGCGUCUCUGGAAGCGGAGCUCCAGGACAUCUCCUCCCAGGAGUCCAAGGACGAAGCAUCCCUGGCCAAGGUCAGGAAGCAGCUGCGGGACCUGGAGGCCAAAGUCAAAGAUCAGGAGGAGGAGCUGGACGAGCAGGCGGGGACCAUCCAGAUGCUCGAGCAGGGCAAGCUGCGCCUGGAGAUGGAGAUGGAGCGGAUGCGGCAGACACACUCCAAGGAAGUGGAGAGCCGGGAUGAGGAGGUGGAAGAGGUCCGACAAUCCUGUCAGAAGAAGUUGAAGCAGAUGGAGGCACAGCUGGAGGAGGAGUACGAAGACAAGCAGAAGGUGCUGCGGGAGAAAAGGGAGCUGGAGGGCAAGCUGUCUGCCGUUAGUGACCAGGUGAGCCAGCGGGACUUUGAGACGGAGAAGCGUCUGCGGAAGGACCUGAAGCGGACCAAGGCCCUGCUGGCCGAUGCCCAGGUCAUGCUGGACCACCUGAAGAACAGCGCACCCAGCAAGAGGGAGAUCGCCCAGCUCAAGAACCAGCUGGAGGAGUCGGAGUUCACCUGUGCAGCGGCCGUCAAAUCCCGGAAGGCGAUGGAGGUGGAGAUGGAGGACCUGCACCUGCAGAUGGAUGACAUCUCCAAGACCAAGACAGCGCUGGAGGAGCAGUUGAGCCGCCUGCAGCGGGAGAAGCAUGAGGUGCAGAGCCGACUGGAGGAGGAUCAAGAGGACAUGAAUGAACUGAUGAAGAAGCACAAGGCAGCCGUGGCCCAGGCCUCCAGAGACCUGGCCCAAAUGAGUGAUCUCCAAGCACAGCUAGAAGAGGCCAACAAGGAGAAGCAAGAACUGCAGGAAAAGUUGCAAGGGCUCCAAAGCCAGAUGGAGUUCAUAGAGCAGACCAUGGUGGACAAGUCUCUGCUCAGCAGGCAGGAGGCCAAGAUCCGGGAGCUGGAGACGAGACUGGAGUUCGAGAGGACCCAAGUGAAGCGGCUGGAGAACCUGGCCGGCCGGCUGAAGGAGAACAUGGAGAAGCUGACGGAGGAGCGGGACCAGCGCAGCGCAGCCGAGAACCGGGAGAAGGAGCAGAACAAGCGGCUGCAGCGCCAGCUCCGUGACGCCAAGGAGGAGAUGGGCGAGCUGGCCAAGAAGGAGGCGGAGGCCGGACGCAAGAAGCAUGAGCUGGAGGUGGACCUGGAGAGCCUGGAGGCGGCGAACCAGAGCCUUCAGGCGGACCUGAAGCUGGCCUUCAAGCGCAUCGGAGACUUGCAGGCCGCCAUCGAGGAUGAGAUGGAGAGUGACGACAACGAGGACCUCAUCAACAGUUUGCAGGACAUGGUGACAAAGUAUCAGAAAAGAAAGAAUAAACCCGAGGGUGAUUCAGACGUGGAUUCGGAGUUGGAGGACCGGGUCGACGGGGUGAAAUCGUGGCUGUCCAAGAACAAGGGCCCCUCCAAGACAACUUCGGACGACGGCAGCUUGAAGAGCUCCAGAUUGGCCCUGAGCCCCGCACCCAAGGUGGAGGUCAAGGAGGGGAAGGGGGUGGAGGAGAGGCCUCCCUCCGUCCUGAGCUCUCUGAGCUACCGGAAGCGGCUGGUCCUGAAGGACUCCAUCGGGGGGCUGGGGGACGAGGACUCCCUGUUCUCCACCCUGAGUGAGCGGCCCACCUCCCCCGAGCGGCCUCCACGGAAGGCCCGGAUGGAACCCACCCCCUGGCGGCAGGGCGAGGCCGCGGAGGAGGAGGAGGAGCGUGGCUCAGUCCUGUCGGAGACCGGCAGCCGGCUGGGCCGAGGCUCCAAGAAGUGCUGGGGCUCCAUCACGGACCGGGCCUCGGCCGUCUCUGCCCCUGUCAGCCGGGCGUCCUCGGCCACCCGGCAAGGUCACGGUGGUGAGGGGGAGGCCCGCUCCGUGCUCAGCUUCUCGCUGUCGGGCUCGGCCGCCUCGCGCCUCGGCUGCCUGAGUCCCCCCUGCAGCCGGGCCUCGGGGGCCACCAGCCCCGGCUCCCGCCCAUCUCGCCCGCGGAGCCGCCUGGGCGUCUGGGACAACGAAGACAACGACGUCGCCAGCCUGGCCCCGAGUGAGGCCCUGAGCCUAGCUGAAAGCGAGGCCCACUCCCUAUACAGCCACCCGUCACUGGCCCGCAGUCUGUCUGUGCCACCCCGGCCCCACACCUCCGCCUCAGACGGGCCGGCUGGACGCCGCUCCUACCUGGACCCUGACCUGGAGGCCGCCAUCAACGAGGUACUAAGCUACCGGCCCGGUCAGUUCCAGCGCAGCGGCCUUGAGCUCGGCUCGGACCCUGAGGACGACGAGCAGAAGAGCGUCCGCAGCGUUCAGCUGGCCCCACCCGAACGGGCCGCCGGCCUCCGUCGCUCGGCCUCGGCCGCCGACGUGUCCCGGUCCCGGAGCGGCCGGAAGAGCCGGAGCAGGAAGCGGAGGAGUAGCAGCAGCGGGUCAGGCUCAGAUGCCUCCUCGUCUGGGCAGAAGCGGCGGAAGAAGGGCAGGUCCCGGAGGGGCAAGAAGAAGUCCAGGAGGAGGCGGAAGAGGCGUGAGACGGAGUCUGAGUCAUCCGAGUCUGAGUCCGAGUCCUCAUCCAGUGGCUCCACCGUCUCGUGCCGCAGCGGCUCCAGCGUGAAGAAGGGCCCCGGGAGCCGGGCCCCCCCAGCCUCGGAGGGGGAGGAAGGCGGACGGACCAGCCGGCUCUCCCGGAAGGAGGAGAAGAAACGGAAGAAGGAGGUGGAUAGCCUGAUGAUGCGCUAUCUGUACCGCCCCGAGAGCGACUAGAGCCCCCCCCGAGCUACCGGAAAUCCAUCUCCCUCGACCGGUCAGAUGAUGAGCCUGACCCCUCCGACAGCAACUCCCGAUCCCGAUACCCCCG